AGCACGCCGCACCGCACUACAGUUGCCCAUAGACAUUGUGUUUUGACAAAGUUGUCGUGAGAUAAAAAUGACGAUCCUUACUUUUUAAUUAAAAUUAAAAUAAAAUUAAGUGCCUUAUAAACAUGACUGUGUGGAAAAACCUUGAAAAUGAGGAUUGCUACGCCGUCGCUGUAUACAACUACACGAGCAGCUCGCAGCACCACCUGCAGCUGGAGGUGGGCGAGCUGGUGCAUCUGCAGCGCGAGACCAGCCAAUGGUACUGGGGCACCAGUCUGCGCGCGGGUACUACCGGUGCCUUCCCAAAGACAUACGUCGUCAUACGAGAGUGCACCGUCGAUAGAUGCGGGGACGUCGUCGUGGCGUCAGCGGGCGGGCGCGGUGUGGUGCACGACAUCGCCGUCACGCUGCGGGAAUGGCUCAAGGACUGGAAGAAACUCUAUAUUACGAAUAGCGAACACUUCAAGUUCAUGGAGGUGAGCAUGCGGGCGCUGCUGGAGCUGCGCGCGCAGGCCGCCUCCAGCGCGCUUCCUCAGGACCAACUGCGUAAGGUCGCGCGGACCGCCAUUUUCACCAUCGACAAAGGAAACAGAACUUUGGAUAUGGAGCUAGCGGUGCGGACCCCCACCGGCCAGCUGGUGGACCCCCUCACCAUAUCCACUUACAAAUUAAACGCGCUCCAUGAUGAAGCAAACGCAAGACUGGAUAAGAAUAUGGAUAGCGCGCCGGGUGGGGGCGGGGGCGGGGCGAGCAGCGGUGUGGGCGGGGCCGGGAUCGGGGGCGGGGCUGGGCGCGCGCACACACUGGUGGUGCGCGUGCACAACUUCGUGUGCCGCGUGCCGGAGGGGGCGGAGCUGCGGCUGGCGCUGCACGACGCGGCGGGACAGAAGCUGACGGAGCAGCUGGUGCUGGCCUGGCCGCCGCACCACCUGGCGCCCGCGCAGCUCAUGUUCACUGACCUGGGCAGUGACAUAAAGAAGGAGAAGGUGUUCCUGGUGUGUCACGUGGUGCGCAUCGGCUCCAUGGAGGCGCAGAACAUCGAUCACAGACGCAGCUCGGUGGCGGGGGGCGUGUCUGGGGGCGUGGCCGCGGGGCACGUGAUGCGGCGUCCGUUCGGCGUGGCGGCGGCGGACGUGACGCGCUGCCUGGCCGCAGACUGCCCCGACAAGGAGAUGCAGGUGCCCUUCUACCCAUGCGAAAAAGAGAACAUGGAUACAUUAUUGAAGAAGGUGAUAGCAAAUCGCGAGUUGAAAGACACGAAGAACCCGCUGGGUCUGUGGGUGUCGCUGCAGCUCAUUGAAGGAGAUUUGAAACAAGUACGAGAAGAGAAUCCCCACUUGGUGGUGGGUCACCGCGCGGUGGCGAGGAAGAUGGGGUUCCCCGAGGUGAUCCUGCCGGGCGACGCGCGCAACGACCUGUACGUGACGCUGUGCUGCGGCGCGUACUCGCGCGGCGGCGGCAAGUCCAGCGAGCGCAACAUCGAGCUCACUGCUAGAGUCGUCGACAAGCACGGCAGGCUCGUGCCGGGCGUGAUAUCGAUAGGAGCAGAUCUGCCUCUAGUGGACGAAUACACGUCUCUAGUGUACUACCAUGAGGAUAGACCUAGGUGGCAAGAAGUUUUUAAGGUGUGCCUGAACAUCGAGGACUUCAAGGAGGCGCACAUAGUGUUCCUGUGCCGACACCGCAGCUCCAACGAGGCGAAGGACCGCGCGGAGCGGUACUUCGCGCUCUCCUACCUGCGUCUCAUGCAGCGCGAGGGCACCACCACGCCCGACAACCAGCACAACCUCUGUGUCUACAAGAUCGAUAAUAAGCGAGCGGGUAGCGAGGCAGAAGUGGAGGCUGCGGCCGUGUGCCUCGGCCUGCCGUCCAAGCGGGAUGAGCUGCCCGCCGGCGCGGAGAAGGGUCUCACCAGAGCUCCACUCUCACUGGUCUACAGGGACUCGCUGACAGUUGCCACUAAGCUGUGUUCCACCAAGUUAACUCAACGAGAGGAGAUCCUGGGCGUGCUGAAGUGGAGCGCGCAUCACGAGGCGGGUACGCUGCGCGCGGCACUAGAGCGGCUGCUGCUGGUGCCCAGCGAGGAGCUCGUCAAAUUCCUGCAGGACAUCCUCGACGCCCUCUUCGCCAUACUCACACAGGUGGAGGAUGGCGAAGCUGAUGGUUCGUACAACGAGCAGAGUUACGGUGUGCUGGUGUUGGAGUGCCUGCUGCGUGUCAUCUCGCUGGUGGCAGACCACAAGUACCAGCACUUCCAGCCUGUGCUACAUGUUUAUAUCGACGAGAGCUUCUGUGACGCCCUCGCUUACCAGAAGCUGAUAUCAGUGAUGGUGUGGGCGGUGCGCGGGGCGGAGGGCGGGGAGGCGGCGCUGAAGCGGCUGCUGCUCUGCAUGAAGUGUCUGGAGAGUCUCAUGCGCCUCAUCGUGCGCAGCUGGCAGCUGCGAGCCGCGCUGGAUACUCAUCAGCAUGAUGGGGAUCCCGUCUGCUAUCACCUAGAGGAAUUGCUGGAGGCGCUGGUGUGGCUGAUGAGAUGCGGCGACCACGCGCUCACGUGCCAGGGCUCCGCGCUCAAGUACCUGCCGCAUGCUGUACCUCACGCCAUCAAGAUAUUCCCCGAGGUCGAGCUCAGUGCGUACUGCGUGCGCGCGCUGGACGCGCUGCCGCUGGGCCGGCUGAGCAAGCAGCGGCUGCUGGCGCUGCUGGAGCUGACGCGCGGCGAGCUGGGCCGCGAGCCCGCCGCACGCGCCCGCCUGCUGCCCCACCUCGCCGCCACGCUGCGCGUGCUGCUGCGGGCCUCCGCAGAGUGCGAGCGCGAGGCGGCGCACAAGUCGCGCUCAGCGGGCAAGGCGGCGCGGCUGCUGGGCGCGGACGCUACCCGGCUACGCGAGCACACGCACCACGCCCACAUCGUGGAACUGUGCGUGGAGACAAUGGGAGAAGUAGUGUCCCUGCUGGCGCGGGACGACGUGGGCGCGGUGGAGGCGGACAGGGGAGAGUUCGCGCGCCGCAUGCUGCCCACUGUGCUCAAGACGACCUCCACCAUGCUCAGGGAUAGACCUACUAAUAAAGAUGGAUCCGUAGCUGAUGAUCCUUUAGUGCGUCGCAUGGUCUGCGUGUUGCUGGACGUGGUGCGUCAGAUGUCCGAGGAGCAAUACUCGGUGCUGGUGCGCGCGCUGCAGCACGAGGCGGGGAGUGCUGGGGGUGCUGGAGGCGCGGGGGGCUCGCUUGUGGACGACUGCCUGGCGCUCAUGCUGCAGCUCCUGCAGCGACCCGUUUUCCGCCCGCAUUGGGCUGACAUGCUGCAUCUGCAGCAUUACGUUAUGCUGCACGCGCUCAGACUACUAUCGAGUACGCUCCGCGAGCGGCUGCACUCGGAGGAAUCGAAGUCGGAUAUGAUCGCUUGUGAACACAAACGGUCGUUCAUCCCGUCCCUGGUGGGACCAUUCCUGGAGGUGAGCUUCCUGCCUGACGACGAGGUGCGCAACACCACCAUCCCGCUCUUCUACGACAUGAUGAUCACUGAGUACUCGCACAAUGUGGCCAGCGGGGAGAACAGCGAGAACCCGCUGCGCGCACUGGAGAGCGAGCUGAUAGACAAGGUGGACGUGUUGGCGUCGCGCGGGCUGGGGGACGGGGCGUGGCGCGCGCGCUUCGUGUCCGCGUGCGGCGCGCGCUGCCGGGAGGGCGGGGCGGGGGGCGCGGGCGCGGCGCUCGUGGCCGCCGCCGCGCGCCAGCUGGACGCGCUGCUGCAGUACCGCGCCGCCGCGCACCACCGCAUGCACCUCACCACCAGGGUGCUGCGCUUCUACGAGCAGAUCGAACGACCGCACAUGUAUAUACGAUACGUGCACAAGCUGGCGCAGAUGCACAGCUCUGCCCAGCAGUGGGCGGAGGCGGGGCUGGCGCUGCGGCUGCACGCCAAGCUGCUGGAGUGGAGCGACGCCCCGCUGCCGCCGCGUCUGCGACAUCCCACGCAGGACUGCGCGCACCACGCCACGCACAGGGACCUCAAGGAGGCGCUGUACCUGGAGAUAGCACAACUACUCAACCGUGGUCGUCAGUGGGAGUUGGCAGUGGAGGUGGUGAAGGAGUUAGUGGGCGUGUACGAGGAGGAGGCGCUGGGAUACGCCCCAUUGGCGGAGCUGCACGCUCAGCUCGCCGCGCUGUACGAGGCCAUGCUGCGCACGCCCAGGUCACAUCCAGGGUACUUCCGUGUUAUGUACCAUGGGGCUGGAUUCCCCGAGCAUCUCAGGGUGCCCCAUGGGUUCGUGUACCGCGGCAACGAGUACGAGCAGCUGCAGGAGUUCAAAGAGCGGCUGCUGGACGAGUGGCCUGAUGCGGAAGUACUACCACGUCUCGAUCCACCAGGAGAAGACAUCACCAACUCUGACGGACAAUAUCUGCAAAUCAACGCAGUAGAGCCGGUAAUGGGGGACAAGUUGAAGCGGCUGUCGGGUCGGCCUGUCGCCGAGCAGAUUCUACAGUACUACAAACAUAAUAACGUCGACAAAUUUGUCUUCUCCAGACCAUAUCAUAAACCGGAUGAUUCGGUGACAGGGUCGAAUGAGGAUGUGUCCAGUCAGAACGAAUUCGCAACAAGAUGGCUGGAGCGGACGGAACUUGAAAUUAGUGAUAAAUUGCCCGGUAUCCUGCGUUGGUUCCCGGUGGUGAGUGUGCGCACGUACUGGGUGUCGCCGCUGGAGGCCGCUGUGGAGGCGCUGCGGGAGACAAACCGCGCACUUAAGGCACUCGUACUGGAAGCCAGGACCAGCGACGCGCCUUUACACCAGCUCAGCAUGAGACUUAAUGGUAUCCUGGACCCGGCGGUGCAGGGCGGCAUCGUGAACUACGAGCGCGCGUUCCUGACGCCGGCGUACGAGGCGCGCCGCCCCGAGCACCUGCCGCUGCUCAACCAGCUGCGCGACCUCAUCGCGGACCAGGUGCCGCUGCUCAAGAUGGGUCUGGAUGUGCACAAGGCGCGCAUCUCCCCAGCGCUGCAGGGUCUGCACGAGCACAUGGAGCUGUGCUUCCAGCGCGUGCAGAGUCACGUGCACCAGCGGUAUGGACGCAAGAACUGCGAGCUGGAGACGGAGCCGGUGGAGCGGCGACGUGCGCUGCGCGACAGUAUACAGACGGAGCCCGGCAACAUCAACAACAGGAUAUCUGACAUCUCCACUGGCAACGAUAGUGCAAAAUCAAAAUUCUUCAGCGCCAUUAAUCCAUUGACAAGGAACAGCAGCGGAGGUGUCGUCAGUUAUUUUGGUACAUUGCAAAACUCGCCCAGGAGACGAGAUAAGAGACGAGCUAAAAAGGAGGCGUCAUCUGAGACACCGGAGCGAGGCGGCAGUCAGUGGUACGCGCCCAGCGCCGCCCUCAACGGCAGCGCCAGCCCACAGGCCACGCCCACACCAAUCCACGCCACGCCCUCCAACACCACCACCACCACCAGCAUCGACUCCACCUCCUCGCCCCUGCGAGAACUGCGACAAGAGCUGGUGACGGAGCGUCCACUGCGCGCGGAGGCGGAGCGCGAGAGAGAGCGCCGGCUGUCGCAGCGCGCCAGUCUGCUCGCCUCCUCCUCCGCACCACACUCCAAUAGGGAUUCUCUAGGAACGACAGAUUCGAAUCAGGAAGAGGAGGAACCACCGCCGUUGCCGCAAAAGCAAUCACAAUCACAACGACAUUCGGAGAUCGACAGCGAUCAGAAUAACAACCCUGAAGUACUGCCUCGGAAUAAUUACGACACAGUGUGGACACCGCGUGGAUCCUUUUUGUAUAACUCUAUAGCAGCACGACGCAACGACCGCCCUCCCACACCACCGCCCAAGAAGAAGAACGCACAAAACAACGCCUCAUACCAACAGUAGAAACUGACACACAUACAUCUCUCUCUCUCUCACACACACUCUAUGAAUAGAUAUAAACAGUGAAAGGGACAGAAGAGAGAUUUUAUUAUAUUACAUAUCAUAAGAUGGCAA